GAUAAAGGCAUUGCAGGAGAGCAGCUACCGAGCGAGUGAACAAACCAGAGAUUUAAAAAAAAAAAAACACGCAAAAAAACAAAAACUGGGCUUCGCUGCAACCACCGUCUAUCCGAUCUACUGUUCGAUUUUCAAGCGCGCCUGGAUCUUUUUGCAACUGAGGGCGCUUGCAUGUAAAUGUUUAGGUUUAAAUUGUUUUAAAAAGCAGAAGUUCAGAAGUUGGCGUGGUACUGCUCGUGUAGGGGAUUCCGUUUCUGUAGGAAUGUCGCACAAGGAGAGACCCACUUUUUACCGACAGGAGGUCAACAAAACAAUCUGGGAAGUCCCGGAGCGGUAUCAGAGUCUGUCUCCGGUUGGGUCCGGUGCUUACGGAACAGUAUGCUCCUCCACUGAUGUCACAUCAGAACUCAAGGUGGCUGUAAAGAAGCUUUCCAGACCUUUUCAAUCCAUCAUUCAUGCAAAGAGGACUUACAGAGAGCUGCGUCUGCUGAAACACAUGAAACACGAGAACGUGAUUGGACUAUUGGAUGUUUUCACACCUGCAACAAGCCUGGAAGAAUUCAAUGAUGUGUACCUGGUCACCCACCUGAUGGGAGCAGAUCUGAACAACAUUGUGAAAUGUCAGAAGCUCACAGACGACCACGUGCAGUUUCUAAUCUACCAGAUUCUCCGAGGUCUCAAGUACAUACAUUCAGCUGAUAUAAUUCACAGAGAUCUGAAACCCAGUAAUUUGGCAGUAAACGAGGACUGCGAAUUGAAGAUUCUGGACUUCGGUCUGGCCCGUCACACGGAUGAUGAGAUGACAGGCUAUGUAGCGACGAGAUGGUACAGAGCCCCUGAGAUCAUGCUGAACUGGAUGCACUACAACCAGACAGUUGAUAUUUGGUCGGUCGGGUGCAUUAUGGCCGAGUUGCUCACUGGAAGGACCCUGUUCCCCGGCACAGAUCAUAUUGAUCAGUUGAAGCUAAUAAUGCUGCUCGUCGGGACCCCAGGGUCAGAGCUCUUGAUGAAAAUAUCUUCAGAGUCCGCCAGAAAUUACAUUAACUCUUUGCCUCACAUGCCAAAAAGGAACUUUGCAGAUGUGUUCAUUGGAGCCAAUCCAACAGCUGUCGACCUCCUGGAGAAGAUGCUGGUUCUGGACACGGAUAAGAGGAUCACGGCAGCCGAAGCGCUGGCACACCCCUACUUCACACAGUACCACGACCCGGACGACGAGCCGGAGGCAGAGCCCUACGAUCAGUCCUUCGAGAGCAGGGAGCUGGAGAUUGAGGAGUGGAAGAGGCUAACCUAUGAGGAGGUGAUCAGCUUUGAGCCGUCUCCUUUUGAUGCAGAUGAAAUGGAGUCUUGAGUUGUUGAAGUGCUGCUGUUCUUUCACACGCGUUUUCGUUUUCCUGUCGCACUGCAAGGACUUUCUCCCUUGCCGGACCUCUUCUAAACAUCAUUCAAGUGCCUGCUGUGUGUCAGUGAUGGGCUUGCUCUCUGUCUGGGUUAAAGGGUUCAGAAGGUUUCUAUACAGCUUGGACUGGGUUCUUCCUGCUUGUGGGUUAAACACCUGGCUUCUGUUUCAGGAUUGGGACAAAGUAUUUUAUUUUGUAUUUUUGUUGUUUUUCUACCAUAAACUUCAACUAAGGGUUUUACAGUAGAGAGAAUGAUUAGUUUAUAUUUUUUUUAAAUGUAAUUGAAUUCGGUCAUCUUUAAAGGCUGGUUAGUUGCUUUCUGAUGGAGCAUGGUAUCAGCGAUGAACAGCUACAGUAAUUAGGUGGUUCCUUUUCCAUCUAAUGGUGUUUUAUUUGGAAAGAGCCUGUGUUGCGAAUAAGAUUCGGUACCAUGCCAGUAGAUACGGCAAUCUGUGUGACUUGCGUAAUGUGCCCCACACCAGGAAUGUGGCUCUGAACACAGUAAUACACCACAGCAGUGAUAUUGUACUUCGAUCUCUAGAAGAAGAGACAUCCUCUUCUGAUAUGCAAGCCAGUUCAUACUGGUAUUGUGUUUUUAUGAUUUUGCGCUAUUUGGAAUGAAACAGUAUUAUAAAUUGAAUGCAUAUGAAAUACAGAAUAGUGCUAAGACCUGUCUUAAAUUGCAGCUUGGACGGAGUUUAUUUUUUUAAAUGCAAAUUAUCAGAUUAAAGGGUAAAUGGUAGAAAGAAACCUGAGUGUGUGUGUGUGUGUGUGUGUGUGUGUGUGUGAUUGUGUUUUUUUUUUUUUUUCUAAUUGAAAUAUUGUGCAAUUCAUCCUACACAGGUUCAUUCUCAUGUCUGAGGUUUCUAGUUAAAUUCUGAUUUCAAAACUUUAACAUAUCGUGUGUGUGAGAGAGAGCGAGAGAGAGUAAUCCUUGUUAAGGAAUAUGCUGUUUUCAAAGUAAAACAAUUUGUCCCAGUUUCUUUUUUUUUGUGUGUGUUGCCAUGUCUGGUCACUGUGACUGUUCAGUAUUUUCUACGUUAAGCUUUUGCCAGCACUUGUAAUUCAGAUAUGUUUGUAAGCCUUCAUAUCAAUGUAAUAGUGCAUGCACACUGUACACAGACCUGGGGAGCCCUCUUGUAAUAGUGCAUGCACACUGUGUACACAGACCUGGGGAGCCCUCUUGUAAUAGUGCAUGCACACUGUGUACACAGACCUGGGGAGCCCUCUUGUAAUAGUGCAUGCCCACUGUGUACACAGACCUGGGGAGCCCUCUUGUAAUAGUGCAUGCACACUGUGUACACAGACCUGGGGAGCCCUCUUGUAAUAGUGCAUGCCCACUGUGUACACAGACCUGGGGAGCCCUCUUGUAAUAGUGCAUGCCCACUGUGUACACAGACCUGGGGAGCCCUCUUGUAAUAGUGCAUGCACACUGUGUACACAGACCUGAGGAGCCCUCUUGAUUGUGAGCCAGGGAGCACCUCUCGCUUUAUCUUAGAAACGUUUUAGUUAUUUGAAAAUAAACCCUUUCUUUAUUAUUAUUAUUAUUAUUAUUAUUAUUAUUAUUAUUAUUAAUAUAAAUAUUAGCAGCGGUUUUUGGGGUGGGCAAUCGAAAGAGAGACCAAAAAUCUAACAUUGCAAACAGAGAAGCUGAAUGCAUUUCUUUAUAUGAACUGGUGAAGCGAUUUAAGGAAAGAGUGCUUUACUCCACGAGCGCGCACUUUCACCGUACCCUCUCCCAGGCUACGGGACAGGCCUGGUGGUCUGCUUCUCAAGUGAUUGUUAGACUGGAGGGGUUGAGAUGUACCUUGUACUCCCCCAGGUUCACACUCCCCAAUGCAGAACAGCAGGCUCUUGUGUGAGCGCUAGGACUGGAGUUUACAGCCCUUGCAGAUGUGUCUCCUCAGUUUGGACACGAGACACACCCAAUCCCAGCAAAGUCCGUUCAGGUAUAAAUAGAAUUAUUACAAAGUGCAGUUCAGAAUGCACGUAGCUAGAUCAGUUGUUCGGGGAGGGAGGGUAGUUUUUAUCGUGUUUUCAUUACAAGAUGUCAUUUACUCUCCUGUAAAGCAAUAUCUCUGACGAGCAUGUCUUUUCUUUUUGGUGUGUGUGGGUGUGUGUGUGUGUGUAUACGGGAUUUGGAAUGGGAAUGUUGAAAUGGUGCAAAUGUAAAAUAAAAAAAAAAAAGUUAAAAUACAAUAAAAUGAAAGUUAGCAUAACAAAUAUUUAUAAACGGGUGCAUCAUCACAAGUGUUUUUUAUUAUUUUUUUUUUUAAAUACACUUCCAUUAUACAGAGAUUCAAAUUCCCGUUCUGUUGUGUGCUCUUAACGAUUCGUCGUUGUGUUAAGUGAUUCAGUCUAGAGUAACCGUGCAACCGCUGUUUCAGACAAUAAAUAAAUAAAGGCAAUUAUUUUUCAAA